AUGUUUGGAGCGAUACACGACAAGUACACGCCCUCCUACACGAGCAAAAUGUUCUCGAGCAAUUCGAGAUACGCGCGUCUACCGGAGGAGGAAGACGAAGAGUGCACGUCCCCAGAACCGGCCACCGGCACAGGAGCGAGUCUGUCACGUCGUCUGGUUCAUGUAUUGGGCUUCUGCUUUCAAGCACUGGUACUCCUCAUUACGGUCUACGUGGCUGUGACACUGGCCUUGCGUCAAAGCGAUUGCCAUGCGUCUCGCACCGCAAUGACCAACUCCUUUAUUCCAGAAUAUCUGCGACGCGGGCCCCAAUUAUUGGUGAAGUGGAACGACUACCCCGAAUUCGACGGCGGCUCAAAGGCAGCCGAUGAUGCGUGGGACAGCCUCAUGCCGCGGGGACGAGGCUAUAUCGCAAUACCUAAUCCGGCGCAAUACGGGCUCGGGCGAGGCAAGGACAGAGGCGAUCCCGACGGCGACAUAUAUGCCAUAUCUGCAUUCCAUCAGAUGCAUUGUUUGGGCGUCAUUCGAGAGGUCUUCCUGGCCCUUCGAAAUGAUUCUUCCAGCAUCGACUUCUCUGCUGCAGUGCAUGGUCAUCCCCCUUUGGGCGACCAUAUCAACCACUGCAUCCAGUAUAUACGGCAGGCGAUUAUGUGCGCUGCCGAUCCCACAAUCGAGAGUCUUGCGGAAGAUGUUGAGCAGGAUGGGAGGGUUCGGGUGACCGAUCUUGGGUGGGGCAACACCCACGUUUGUCGCAGCUGGGACUCACUGAAGAACUAUGCUGCUAUGCACACGCAUGCACGAGGCGGUGGUCUCGGCGCUAAGGAAUAUGUUGCAGAGGCUGUGCGGCUAUCAUGA